AUGGCUCCCACACACGACGAUAUACCUGAAGAGGAGGACGAUGUCAUGGUGGCCAACGACACAGCUGAUACUUUCUUGCCUCCCCCAAGAAUUGCUGCCCGCUUCUACCGCGCUCCGAACAACCGACGGAAAUCUUCUGCUGCUUCAUCUCGACGAAACUCCAUUUCCUCAACUACAUCACAUCAAUCGACGCGCUCUUAUCGUGGAGGAUGUCAGUCCAAUUUAGUCGCGCAGUCGCUACGACGUGCGUCCAUACUCGAAACCAGGAAAGCAAGACUUGCAGACCGCGCAGCACACGCUGAGCAGGUUCGGUUACGGGCCGCUAUAGCAAAGUCAAACACGAGGGCUUCUACCAGUGAGGAACGAGCUCUGGCAGCCAAACAAGCACGGGACAAACACCUAGCACAGGUUGCUGCAUCAUGCGCUGAAGAGGUCCGUCGCGCUAAGAAGAUAGCAGAGGACAAUAAGGAGCGCAAAGCUGCUGAAGAGCGGAGGUAUCGUCAGGAGAUUGAAGAGAAGCAUGCUGAGGCUGAGAGGAGGCGGCUUGAGUACAAGCGAAACAUGCGAAGGCCAAGAACUACCAGCACACCCUCGCCAGAUAGCAAGAAGCCGACUCUGCAUGCUCUAUCUCAAAUAUCUGAAAACGAGGCUGCUAAGCGGAUUCAGUCGGUCUGGCGAUCUCGUGAGCGCAGGAAGGCUGUUGAAUCUUUCACCGGGCUCGGCCUCUCCAUUGAUCACAUCCAUGACACUAGCUUUGAAGACGUCUCAAAAUUACUUGCCGACGAGAAGCUUCUUGCUGCUACUUCCAAGCUGCUUAACCUAUUCAAGAUACCGGGGACAGCGGAUGGCCCAUCAAUCGAUCAAACAGCAACUCGCACGUUCUUGAGCGCAUAUCUGAUCCUGGGUCAUCCAGCUGAAGUGUUGAGCAAAGAUGGCGAUCAGGAGCAGAAUCUCAUACAGCAAGCAAAGGAACUAGUCAUGUCGUUCGAAUCUGCAUUGUCCGAACUGACUUCAUCAAAUCGCUUCACACCACCUCCAACCCAGGUUGAAACCGUGCUCAUGGCUCAUGGUGGUUUUGUAACCGCUUUCAAUGACUGGAAAGCACGCGACUCCACAGCUCUGGUCGAGACCAUGGUGACCUCGUUUGUCAAUCUUGAUGCGAUAUGGCAAAGCAUCAAGGACCAAACAGCCGCUGAAGUAGCGAAUGACUAUCGCGAGGGCAUCCGUGACAAUCAAGUUAUUCUUCUCAGCAAGAUCAGGAAACUAGCUGGUCCGGAUAAGGCAAAUUUCUUGAUCAAGAAAGCUAUUCGUGAGAGUCGACGAUCCCGAACCCGUCGGAAGCCUCUUGGCGAUGUGCGGCCCCGAGUAGCAGUCGAUUCCCCGACUGCUCUCGAGCUUCCCGAUACGCCCUUCCACGACCCGGUGCAAGUUGAUGCUACCUCAAGGCUGGAUUCUCUGCGUGUGGAAGCUCCGAGCUCGGCAGCUGACUCGCAAAACACCGUUGUCUCUCAGCCCCACGCGUCAUCUCUAGACGCCGAAUCCCCAUAUCCAGGCCUGGGAGCUUCGUCACUCUCGCAACUCUUUUCCACAAUGCCCUCAAAUCGUAUUCUAACCCAUGAGCUGGCCAUUGACAAGGAUUACCGCAUUGACCAGGCUCCAGCUUCAGACCUCAGGGAUUCUAUGAACCGUACUAUAUGCGAUGGCAUGCAGCGAGGCUUUGAGAAUGGCGAGGGCGCACAGUGGACUGCUGCCAUGGCAGAGAACAUCAAGUCCAGACUGCUCAGACUGUUGCGACCUGGCACUUCGAUGCACACUCUCAUUUCAGAGACUCUCGACCCACAGUUCGUUUCGAAUCAGGCCUCACAAGGAGUGUUCUCAUAUGAGAAGUUCUUUGGCUUCAUGUCCUCGAUACUGCCCAAGCUAUGCGCGCCAUUUCGUGAUGCACAGAUCAAGGCACUCACGGAAGACUUGCAAGAGCCAGGUGACAUGGCUGAAAUGAUCGAGAAGCUGUUCAAACUCUUACAUGUCAUCGACUUGCUCUCGCUUGACUAUUCAAAUUUCCUGCUCAUGAAUGCAGCACCAACGUUGAUCAAGGAAUCGGCCGGCUAUGAAGAGCGAAUGUUCGCCCAAGAUCUCGAUGCUGGUACUAUUACCUUGCAGCGCACGAAGAGGUGGUGGAGCAACGCCACCGUCAACAUGUUGACCGAAGCAACGGGCGACCGUCGUGAUCCGUCUAACAGACCAACUCCGCAGAAGAUAUAUUUUCGCGGCCUCGUCGACCUCUCUAUGGCAAGCACUCCUCUACAACCCUCCGACGUCCCGGAAACCCUCGAACUCGACAAGGAACGCAUCGCUCGUUUCCGCACCAACACCCUGCGCAUCACAACCAUCGGUGCUAUCCUCCUCAGCGCAAAGAGCCUCCUGAAACGCGACGUCCGCUCGUCCUGGAAGCCCGAAGCAAGCCGCAUGUGGGACAUCCUCCAAGACGGCUAUCUGAAAGACGAAUCCAUGCCCACCAAGAUCCUCUCUAUCCUCGAGUCCUCCCACCCCAUGCCCCCUACCACGCGCGCACAACUCGGCGGCACAGUGCAGAAGUUCCUAGCCCAAGCCCAGGCCGGCCGCCUGAAUGACCCCGUCCUCAAGGUCAUCUUCCAGCGUCUCAAGUCGCAUGUCAUGACUCGCGUCAGCGCAAGUAGCUCCGGCGAACGUGUCCGUGCCGCUAGCACGGCGAGCGAGGGCCUUGCGUCGUUUGGUCUGCCAGAGUUCAUGAAUCACGUUGGUGAGAUUGUGGAUGGGCUUGGCCGGAUUGGCGAUGUCGAUAGGCGUGCGCAUGGGCCUUGGUACGAGCAGGUGCAGAGGGAGGUCGAGGCAGCGGGUGAUGAUCCUGUCGCUUGA